CGCUACCGCGGAUUUCGCGGCCGGGACCCAGUGCUGGGUGCGCGCGCCUAGCGCCCGCGCAUCUUCGCUGCCUGCAGCCCCGGGCCCCAAACGAUCCCGCGCAGCGUGAGGCGUCCGUUCCCGCCCCUCCGUUCCCCUCUCCGCCCUCCCGGGGCGGGCGAGGAGCUGCGCACGCGCGGGGACGCGCGCCGGGCCUGUUGCUGUGGAAACUGCUCCGCCAGCGCCGGUCGGGACCUGGGGAUCCCCGCACGCAGCGGUGGGAACCGGUGGACCGCGCCCCCGGCCGGCCCCCACCUCCGUUUCCCGGUAUUUCCUGAUUCGGGCCUCCAGUCGGGGAGUUCACCCCUCGGGCUCGUCAGUAGGGCUGUGGCUGUCGCCUCUUCCUGCAGCGCCAGGCUCCGCCCGCCCUCAAAGUCGGCUUAGGUGCUUUCCGUGCACUGCGGUUGGGUGGAAAAACACCCACUCCUGGCUGUUUAGACGUUGGCCUGCAGAAGAUGUCAUUUCUGUAUUUCUCUAAUGGUAAGAAAGCCAGCCUUGCACUAGUGGAGACGUGAGUAGGGAGAGAAUCGUCUACCCUUUGGGGACAUCCGUACGCCUUAGGUGCUGUGGGGCUUCCUAACAAAAUUGUGGGCAGUUACUGGUCUCUGGGGAGAAGAAUAUUCAGGAAGAAUAAUCCGGUAAACGUGCGGUCCUCCUUCCUGAACAGAGUGGAAUCUGUAAGCAGGCCUAGAGAGCAUCCAGGUGGCUUGGAGUGGAACAGAGGGCUAUAGGACGGGUGUUGCAAAGAGGAAAGAGAGAAGUCAUUAUGCAACUUACACAUUGUCAUCAGAUUUCCUCUGAUUUACCCUGACGUGUAUGUGGUAAUGAUGUGCACUGCCAAGAAAUGUGGGAUUAGAUUUCAGCCUCCAGCUAUUAUCUUAAUCUAUGAGAAUGAAAUCAAGGGGAAAAUUCGCCAGCGAAUUAUGCCAGUUCGAAACUUUUCAAAGUUUUCAGAUUGCACCAGGGCUGCCGAACAAUUAAAGAAUAAUCCACGACACAAGAGUUACCUGGAACAAGUAUCCCUGAGGCAGGUAGAGAAGCUAUUCAGUUUUUUACGAGGUUACUUGUCGGGGCAGAGCUUGGCAGAAACAAUGGAACAGAUUCGUCGGGAAACAACCAUUGAUCCUGAGGAAGAUCUGAACAAACUAGAUGACAAGGAGCUUGCCAAAAGGAAGAGCAUCAUGGAUGAACUGUUUGAAAAAAAUCGGAAGAAGAAGGAUGAUCCAAAUUUUGUUUAUGACAUUGAGGUUGAAUUCCCACAGGACGAACAACUGCAGUCCUGUGGCUGGGACACAGAGUCAGCUGAUGAGUUCUGAUACCAAACACUCAAAAAAUGUAUUAGGCUAGCAGAAUACCUAUAUUUAUACCAGAUUGGUUCUGGAAAAAGCUUUAAAGAAUACUAAAUUUAUAUGUUGGGUUAUAGGGGAUUGACCAUGUUACUUUUCAAAACCAAGACAUUUAAAGCAUCUGCUAUGUAGGUGCAUGAGGAAUAUGGGAAAAACAGAAUAAAGGAAUCUGUCUUUAAGGAGCUUGCAAUCAUGCUGGGCACAGUGGCUCACGCCUUAAUCCCAGCACUUUGGGAGGCUGAGGCAGGCAGAUCACCUGAGGUCAGGAGUUUGAGACCAGCCUGGCCAGCGUGGUGAAACCCUGUCUCUACUAAAGAUACAAAAAUUAGCCUGGCAUGGUGGUGGGCACCUGUAAUCCCACCUACAGAAGAGACUGAAGCAGGAGAAUCACUUGAACCCUGGAGGCGGAGGUUGCAGUGAGCCAAGAUCACACCAUUGCACUCUAGCCUGGGCAACAAGAGCAAAAUUCCAUCUCAAAAAAAAAAAAAAAAAGCUUACAGUCAGUCUAACUGGAAGAUGUAAAAAAUGUGAAAAGCUAAUUGGCAGUAUUAAACAACAAAAAGAUUAGAGCCAAAUGCAUGAUAAAGGCUAAAGAAGUUCAGAGCCUAUAUUACUGUAGAGUAGAACAGUAAGAGAAGACUUUGUCCUUUAGUAAAGAGAUAGGAGUUGGCCUGGCCCUUGAAAUAGUAGUGUUUAGGUAGCCGCUUGUGUAGGAUUCCAGAUAAGAGCAACUGAAAAGAAGGAAAGGAGGUAGUAAAGGUAUAAGAAGCAGAAUUUUUUUUUGAGGAAUAAGCAAAUUAUAGUUUGACAAGAUUGGGGGCCGUAUAUACGGUUACCAGGGAAUUAUCUUGUAUGUGUUAUGUCUUCGUAUGUAUUUAACUCUGGAAAAGAGUACCCCUGCAAAAUGCCCUGCAGCUGCAAGUAGAUAUCACUUGAUGGACAAAAGGGGAAUUCUGCCCCUCUGGCAUCAGGAAAUAUAUACUAAAGACAUUGUGAAAUGCUGAACCUCUUCCCAUAAAUAAAGGUUUGUUUGUAAAAUUGGAAAUCCACCCAUAAUAAAUGAACAAUAGGCACUGCCAGUUUAGGCCUAUUCGUGACUGGAUCUGCAAGAGAGCAUCUUCAUUUAACAACAUUAUCUGUAAUUUGAUACAUUUAUUCUGAUUAGAAUAUUGUUUAAUUGGUAGAAAUUCUAUGUUUUCUACAAGGAAACUGAUGCUUAUUAAAUAAAACUAUAGUGAAAAUAAU